AUGGCCACCUUCAUCGCGACUCCAGCCAGCAUCCCCCCUCAAAAUGCCCUCCUCAGACUCCAGGAUAUACCAAAUGCGCCACCGAAUUGGCACCCUCUGAACCCAUUGUCGUUCAUCCUGCGCGCAGCUCAGAUAUACCCAGAGAAAGUCGCACUCGUUCACACAGACGUCCAGCAGCCAGUCAUCUAUACCUUCUCUGUGUGGGCACAACGGAUCCAGAAUCUCGCAUACGCCUUGAUCAAGGCUGGUAUUAGACCAGGAGACCAUGUAGGCGUGAUUGCUCCCAACUCCCCAAUGAUAGCAGACGCGCAUCACGGUGUACUUGCUGCUCGAGCAGUCAUCACUCCCAUCAAUACGCGUCUCAAACACUCAGAGGUGGAAUAUAUUCUCGGGCACAGUCAGUGCCGUCUGCUCUUGGUCGACUACGAAUAUCUGCACCUCGUUGCCGGCACCAAGAUUCCAGUAAUUGUUACCAACGACACAGGGAGAGCGGGCGAUCCUUACGAGGAUUUCCUCGCUGACGGCAGGCGCUUCAGCAAAGAAAAGGGCUGGCCUGGAUUGGAGGCAGAGCCUGACGAGAAUGCAGCCGCUGUGCUUUGUUAUACGUCCGGCACGACGGGAAGACCUAAAGGUGUCCUAACCACACUCAGAGGCUCGUAUCUGGCGGCAGUGGCGAACGCCUUCGAGGGGCAAAUGAACCGUCAUUCUACGUAUCUGUGGUAUGAGCAUUCUAUCGUAUCAUAUUAUUGUCCACCCAACCUCGGACCUGACAGGAUAUUGCCGAUGUUCCACGCUGCUGGAUGGACGUUCCCAUGGACGAACGUUACUUUACGCACGGUCAACUAUACCCACAUCUGGAACCAUUUCCUGCACUCUGGAGUAACACACUACUGUGCAGCCCCAACUGUGCAGAUAGGGAUUGUCAAUGACCCUCAGGCGAGACGUCCCCCACAACCCAUCACCGCGAUCAUAGCGGGUGCGGCACCGACGGCUCAUCUUAUUGCCGAACUCGAGAAAACAGGAAUCAAGCCGGUCCAUGUAUACGGCCUAACUGAAGUAGGUGUUACCUAUGGUCCAUUUACUCGCAAUUAUGAUGACCCGUCCUGGGCGAACCUUUCGCUGGAAGAGCGCGCUCGCCUGAUGGCGCGUCAAGGGCACGCUUUCGCCACAGCAGAGGAAGUUCGCGUUGUGUAUCCUGUUGAGGGAGACGCCGUCUCGAAUGGACCACUGAAGGAUGUUCCUCGAGACGGAAAGACAGUUGGGGAGAUCGUUACAAGAGGAAAUAUCGUUAUGAAGCAGUAUUUCCGUGAUCUUGAAGCCACAAAAAAGGCAUUUGCUGGUGGCAGUUUCCAUACAGGAGAUCUUGCCGUCAUACAUCCCAAUGGCUCUGUGGCGAUCAUGGACAGAAGCAAGGAUAUCAUCAUAUCCGGCGGAGAGAAUGCUUCUUCGCUUGCUAUCGAGCAAGAAUUGGCAAGCCACCCGCAUGUCCUAGAAGUCAGCGUUGUGGCCCGCAGUCACAUCAGAUGGGGAGAACGGCCGAUGGCUUUCGUUGUUCUUCACCCUCAACAUGCGGCCAAGUGGAAAGGCCGUCAUCAUGAAUUCGGACAAGACAUGAAGGAGCACGCAAAAAAGAGACUUCCUGGCUUUGCAUGUCCCGAGUGGGUUGAAGUAAUGCCAGAACUACCGAAAACCUCCACCGGUAAGAUUCUCAAGACAGAGCUACGCAAGAUCGUUGCCAAGUUGUAG